CAUAGAAAAAGAAGAAGAAGAGUGCAAACAGGAAUCAAAGAGUAGAAGAAGAACCCAAACAGUAAAGUGCCGGUGCAGCAGUGAAUCGGUGUAAUAAACUAUUUCGCGUCCUUGUAAAGAUGGAGUCCCCUCUGCAGAUAGACGGCAGUGUGAUGGAGGGGGGCGGACAGAUCCUCCGUGUGUCCGCGGCUCUCAGCUGUAUCACCGGCUCCGCCAUCAAAAUCUCCAAAAUCCGAGCCGGUAGGAGCAACCCGGGACUCAGACCACAGCACCUCAGCGGCCUGCAGCUGGUCUCAGACAUGUGUUCAGGAAGUCUGCAAGGAGCCACCAUUGGAUCCACAGACAUCAGUCUGACACCUGGAAAGAUCCGUUCAGGAAACCACACAGCUGACACGGAGACAGCGGGGAGUGUGUGUCUCCUCCUGCAGGUGGCGCUGCCCUGUGCGCUGUUUGCUGAUUCAUCCUCACAGCUCUGUCUGAAGGGAGGAACCAAUGCAGAGAUGGCUCCUCAGAUCGAUUACACUGUCAAGGUGUUUAAACCCAUCGUAGAGAAGUUUGGCGUCAGUUUCGACUGUGACAUCAGGAUGAGGGGUUACUACCCUAAAGGUGGAGGUGAGGUGAUGGUGACGGUGAACCCGGUCAAAGAGCUGCAGCCCGUCACCAUGACAGAGAGAGGAAACAUCACCAAGAUCUAUGGCAGAGCGUUCGUCGCCGGAGUGCUGCCCUUCAAACUGGCUAAAGACAUGUCAGCGGCUGCAGUUCGAACCAUCAGGAAGGAAAUCAAAGAGCUCUACAUCAACAUCCAACCACUUCAGGAGAAAGAAAAGGCCUGCGGGAAUGGCAACGGCAUCAUAAUCAUCGCUGAGUCAUCCACAGGUUGUGUGUUUGCAGGUUCAGCUCUGGGAAAGAAAGGUGUGUAUGCCGAUAAAGUGGGGAUUGAAGCUGCAGAGAUGUUGCUGAGAAACAUCCGACAUAACGGCUGUGUGGAUGAGUUCCUGCAGGACCAGCUUAUCAUCUUCAUGGCGUUGGCGAAAGGAAGGUCUCGGAUUCGAAUUGGCGCCGUGACGCUGCACACACAGACGGCGAUCCAUGUGGCAGAACAGCUGACUCAGGCAAAGUUCACGAUCACAAAGUGUGACGACGAGCUGAGCAGCAAUGUCACCUACAUCAUCGAGUGUGAAGGAUCAGGAGCCACAAACCCACACCUGUAGCUCGCCCUCUCUCUCUCUUUCUCUCUCUCUCUGUGGACUGUAACUCCUCCGUCAUGGCCGACCCCUCAGCUUCUGUCUCUCAGGGUGUUUCUUGUUUCUUUGAUGCUGGAAUAAAAAGAUCAAACUGG